AUGAAGCAGCUAAUUACUUCAACAUUUCUACUCUUGCUCUCAACAGCUACUUUAGCUGAUUAAAACUUGAGAAAUUUGCAAAGAAAAUAUGAGACAUAAGGUCCAUCAACCUCUACAGGUCUGGUAUUGAGCAGUAAAAGCUAUGCGAAUGGUACAUUCGGAGCAGAAAUAUAUCCCACAGAUAUGAAUAGUGUGAGUCAAACAUUCGGAGUUGGAUUUUAGUCCAACAGGAUGGAUGAUAUUUACGGAUAUCUCCAAUUGAUUUUUAAUAAGGAUAGCUAUGGAGAUGAAAAAGUGCUAUUUGAAUUCAAUAUUCCAAAUGUCAUUAACUUCAAAUCAUUGCUUGAUUUAUUCCCUAAACCACUACCCAAUAAUAAUAGCACUGAUGACGAAAAUUCAAAUGCAGGUAAUUCCACUGAUUAAAAUGAUACUUCUAUUGGAAACGAGACAAAUCCAGAGAAUCCAGAUGAUAAUAAUGGAGGUGAUAAUUCAACUAAUGAUGAUAAUUCUACAAAUCCAGAUAAUGGUAAUGGCAACAUUACUGAUAAUAGCACAAAUUAAGAUAAUAGUACAGAAAAUAGCACUAAUUCAGAUAAUAGCACUAAUUAAGAUAAUAGUACUAGUUAAGAUAAUAGCACAAAUCAAGAUAAUAGUACAAGUUAAGAUAAUAGUACAGAAAAUAGCACUAAUUCUGAUAAUAACACUAAUUCUGAUAAUAACACUGGCCCUGAUGAAGGAGUUAAAAAUAAUACUGAUAGCGAUUCAAAUAAUACUGAUCCAAUAGGGGGAAAUGAGUAAGCUGGUGAUAAUACUAUUGAUUCUAACUCUACUGCAAAUGGCACAGACUCAAAUAGUACUAACAGCAAUGAUAAUGGUACAUCAAAUGAAUUACCUAAGGAUUAAAAUGAUGCUCCAACUAGAUUGCUUGAAUCAGAACCUUAAUAUGAGAGUAUUUUUAGCAAUUACAGCUCUUAUUUUAUUCAAGUCACACCUACCGGAUUUAACGUUUACUUUCUAAAUUCCUCAAACGUUGUAAUAAACUCAACAUAAAUGGAUGAGUAGAGAUUAGAAGGAGAUAAAUUUUCAGAUUACUUCAAUCUCUUAGGCUAAUAAUUGAGACCAUAUUUUGGGACUUGGCUAGACAAUGAUAAUGAUCUGUAAGGAUCCGUUUAUCAAUUCAGAGUAAGAAAUUUCAAUUACACAGCUGGUAGCGAAGAUUAAUCAAAGAACUUAAUAGAUAACUUUGCCACCUUUAAUAAUUGGGAGACAUUCACAACUAAAAAUAAAGUUUUCUUCCAACCCUCAACAUAUUCCUCUACAAGUUUUUCAUCAGAAAAUGUACUUCUAGCUGACGAUACUUUAUAUAAUGGGACAAAUUCACUUUCAAUUAUAAUGAGAUAAAACACGAUUUCUACAAGCAACGAUAAUUGGAUGGCAUCCAAGUCAUUCAAAAAUGCUUAAAUCUAAAUAGAUUCAAAUCUGCUUGCGUAAAGCGGUAUUAAUGUAACCAUAAAGUUUGAUUAAAUUGAUGCUAAGAAAAGUGCUUUAAUUACAACUCCUUUAGAUAUAGUCCUUGGAAAUUCUAAAUAUACAGUAUAGCUUCAAAGUAUAUUCUCAACAGACUCAAAUAAUAUCUCAUAAUUCCCAGUGGGUGUUUACAUAAGAUAGAAGAAGUAUCCUUUUAAAAAGCUAAGUGAGGUAUAAAGAAUCGUCGUUGAUCCUUAAACUGCAUAGUAAUUUAUUCUAACUCUACAAACAUCAGAUAUCGAUCUUUAACAAGACCUAGUGGAUUAUGCAGUCCUAGCUUUUGAUUUAGCACCGGAUGCAAGCCUUUUAGAAGGAGUUGAUCUCACUAACUUUGAACUUAAAUUCUCAGACUUGAAUCUUAAAACCUAGAGAUUAAUUGAGAUUCCAACCAACAACACAAAAAAUGUAGUUAAAAACUACAUUAAAUCAGUAAGGCAAGUAACUGAGGGAUGGGAAUCUUAACUUAAUUCUACAAAUGCUGGAUAUGGUAUAGUUCUAGCACUGGUCAUAGCCUUUUGUGUAGCUUUCGUAAUCCUAUUUUUAUUGACAAUGAGAAAAAUCAAUUAGACAAAAGCUAAAAAUUAAAAAAUUGAGAAAGAACUUAAGGAUAUUGAAGUAAAAAUUGAAGCCGCUUAAAGAAAAGUUAAGAGCCAUGAACUAAUGAGAAAUAAGGAGAUUUAAGAUGCAAAAAAACAAAAGGACAUCGCAUAAACAAUAGUUGUUAAUCAUAGACAAAGAGAAAGUCUGUCUGAGUUGCCAAUCCAUCUCGAUGAUAUUGAGAUGAAUGGUCAUGGUGACUUUGAUGAUUCUUAUGAAGAAGGACACCACUAGAACUAGCAAAAUCAUGGCCCGAAUGAUGCAGAGCAACAAGAUUAUGAGAUUGACAAGCUACAUGGUAUUUCAUCAGAUGAUCAAUAUGAGGAAGAGCACUUCGCUGGAGAAAUGAAUCUAAGUUCAGGCAAAAAGAAGAAUGAAAAUUUCACUGAAGAUAGUGAAUUCAACAAUGACCAUUUCGAUGAACAUACUAACGCUGCAUAAAUUAACUCGAAUAGGAAUGAUUUUUGUGACUGA